UACAGAUUUGUGUGGCAAAUAUGCAUGACAGCAGACGCUUAACCGCUAAGCUUCCCUUUCUCAACGAAUCCUUCUCUCUCUCUCUCUCUCUCUCACUCCUAUAUACAUACAUAAGGAGACAACCCCCCCUUAAACACAAGCCCCAAAGAACCAAACUUGCGAUUGUGUUUGUUAUCACACGAUGGUAGAAGAAGGUGUGGGCUUGAACAAUCUACCCGAAGGGUGCAUAGCAAAUGUUCUUUCCUUCAUAACUCCUCGUGAAGUCUGCAGACUCUCCUUGGUUUCAUCCACCUUCAGAUCCGCCGCUGAAUCUGACGCUGUCUGGGAUAAAUUCUUACCCUCCGAUUGCAGCACCAUCGUUUCCCACUUUUCCUCCUUAUCUAUCCAUUCUAAGAAGGACCUCUAUCUCUAUCUCUCCCAAAAGCCCCUCCUCAUAGACGACGGUAAAAAGAGUUUUCAACUGGAUAAAGUAUACGGGAAAAAAUGCUACAUGUUAUCGGCGAGGAGCCUUUUCAUUGUAUGGGGAGACACUCCAAGGUAUUGGAAAUGGAUUUCUCUUCCAGAGGCCAGGUUUUCUGAGGUGGCUGAACUUGUGAGUGUGUGUUGGUUGGAAAUUAGGGCCUGGAUGAACACUGGCAUGCUGUCCCCAACAACGUUGUAUGGGGCAUACCUUGUGUUUAAGCCAAGCCGUGCUGGAACCUACGGCUUCGAAUACCAAUCAGUUGAAGUGUGUGUUGGAAUUGGUGAAAGUGAUACUUGCAAGCGAACCGUUUUCUUGGAUCCUGAAAGAGAACGGAGGCUAAGGUAUCAGAUUGUUCCUCGCCGUGUAUUCAAUCGUGCACGGUUUAUGGUUGAGGCGCAAGCAGCACCUGUUAUGGAAAAUAAUAAUAGUAAUAGUAAUGUUGAUCUUGAGUAUCCGAAGCAGAGAGGAGAUGGGUGGUUGGAGGUGGAAUUGGGAGAGUUCUUCAACGAAGGAGGAGAGGACAAGGACUUGGAAAUGGGUGUUUAUGAGAUCAAGAGUGGUGAUUGGAAGGGUGGCAUUGUUGUUCAAGGAAUCGAAAUAAGGCCCAAGACUAAUCCCCUAAAUUAAAUCGCUGUUUCUGUUUUGCUCAUAUUAGUACGACGUAGUUCUUCAAUUGUUGUUCAUUUUUUGAAGCUUCCCAAAUUGUUGCCACUCUAUGAAUAAUGUGUGUUGUUUGGAUCCAUUCCAGGAUUUUCAUGUCAGUUUAUGUCCUCCUUGUAUCUAUGUCCUCACUCAUGAGCACCAAUUACGGGGGAAGAUAUACUUAAAGAGCCUGAUUCUCUAAACUAAAGAGAUUU